AUGGCAAGCAUUGAGGACCAGACAAUCCCCCCUGCUGUGGAAAUCCCCAUCAAGCAAAUAUUGGAAGAACUUGCAACAAAAAUAAACUCCAAUCAAACCUGCAAGUUUAAUAUCAACCGUGCAUCUGUGCUGGAUGGUGCUGUACGGGGAUUUACAAGACUCUCAUACAAUCCAAAUAACAGAAUGGUGAUCAGGUUUUCUGAUGAUAAAGGAAAGUAUGAAGAGGCUAUUGAUCUGGGUGGUCCAAGGCGAGAAUUUUUACGGCUACUCCUGGUGGCACUAAUGCAGUCAUCAAUGUUUGAGGGAAAAGAGGACAGUCUCAACUUGGCUCUUGAUUCCCAAGCCAUCAGGGAGAACAGGUAUUUCAUAGCAGGGAGAGCAGUUGCAGUCAGCCUUGUACAUGGAGGACCUGCACCGGGUUGUUUCUCUAAGACCCUAUUUGACAGUUUAGUUCAGGGGCCAGACAUGUGCAUACCUGUCUUGGACGAUGUAGCUGACUGCGAGCUUUAUAAUAAAAUCAAAAAGGUUUCUGAAGCCACAACUCUUGAAGAGCUACAACACUCAACUGAGCCCAUUAUGGACUACCUUGCCAACGCAGGUUGUCUAAGGCCAUUAAGAAGCAUUGCCGACAGCGCC